CUUUGCUUGCGCCCGAGAACAGACUGAAGCAGAUAUAUUGCGAGUUUAAGGGGAUUUUACACAAUUAUGAGCGGGUUACCCCGUGAAAUAUUGAAAUGGAUACAAAGCUUGGACCUCUCACAUCCCGUAAGAAAUACUAGAAGGUAAAACUGAGUGUUUUUAACGUGAAAAUAGAGUUUUAUUAAGGCCAUCUUCAAAUUGAUCAUUUGUUGUCCAUUUGAUUCGUUCUAACAUCGAAUCAUUUAUCUUUUUUAAAUUAACAGAGAUUUCUCAAAUGGGUAUCUCGUGGCAGAGAUUUUCUCUUGGUAUUUUCCACAAGAAAUUGAGAUGCACUCCUACGAUAAUGGCACAUCCCUGCCUUGUAGACAAGGGAAUUGGUCUCAACUACAAAGGGUAAGCGUCUUUGGUUCGCUAGUUCAUUUUCUCUUUCGUAAAAUCACCGGUAUCAAAGGGACUAGUCUCGAUUAAGUUAAGCUUACUAAAACGAUGUGGAAUGACCACUUUGAAUUCUAUGAAUUAAGUCGGAACUAGUGGGUUUGUGGUUUAGAAUUGGGAAAACAUGGUGUUUUGCAUGUUUUUAAUGGAAAGCACCAGACCCACCCUCUAAUAUUUAAUCCUUUACCUCCAAACUGUUGGACUGCGAUGAAUUUCCUUUUAAAGCAACCGAGUUUGGUAUUUUAUCAGGAUAACACACUGUAGCUCCAGCUGAUCUGUUUGUGUGUUCUCGUAACCUGUUUAUCUGCUAAAUUUUGCAUUAUUACUGUUCACCUCAUAAGGAGAACUUACUGGUAAAUCAGUUUUAAAGUUAAAAUGUAUACAACAGGAUGUUCAUUUGUUUUCAGAGAUCAGAGAAUUAUUUAGCCAGCAAUAUAAUGUUUAACUCAUUAGUCCCAUGAAUAGGAAAAAGUUCUACAGAAGAAAACAUUUAACAUGAAAUACAUGUUUUCUUCGCUUUCACUGAUUUCAAGAUGUACUCUGAAAUCUUGAUGAUGAUAGAUACAAGUGUGUAUGAGAAAAUAUUUUGUCUUAGAACAGAUUUAACCAAAGGAUAAAGUAUAAACCUACUAAAAUCACUUGUAAGCCAGAAUGCCCCAACACAGGGUCUUUCAAUCAGGAAUAUGGUUUUUCAUAUAACAGGAGGGGUAUAAAUCUAGUCGUUUUUUAUGAAUUUUUGGUAUUUGGUAAGGGCACAAGUUAAGAACUAGAGGCAAUAAAAUAUAUCAGUAACUGAUGGGAAAAAAUUGGUUAUAUCAUUAAUACACCACCCUCUGGCUGAGCUUUAAAACACUCUCUGCAUCUGAAUAAAAGAUAAGCUCAGGCUGGGGAAAUUUAGUCAGAAUUCUCUAAUCUCCAUGGGCUAAUGAACACUGUGGUUGUUAUAGAGACUAAAUGAAUUGUUAUUGAUUUCGUUGUUUUCUUUUCUUUGUUUUUUUAGUUUUUUCAACGUCAUGAAUUUGACAUUCCUAAAGAAGUAAUAGAGGGCACAAUUCAUUGCAAGCCAAAUGCUGCAGCUUUGUUAAUGGAGAAGAUAUACUUCCUGUUGACAAACAGAAAGUAAGUCAGGCUCUUCUUUCUUUUGUCUUUUCAUCAAAAUUGUUUUGGUUUUUCCUAAAAUUUUUUUGUCAAGACAGGUAGGUUGAAAAUCACAACAAAAUUACAUGUAAUUGCAAAAUAUCCCAUUCUACAUUUAGUAGGAGUAUUACUAACAGUAUAUUAAAUAUUACUGUAGUAGAGCUUGUAAAUGCAGAAUGAUAGAGGCUGUUAUGGCAAAUUUAAGUGUUAAUAGAGAAGAUAUACUUCCUGUUGACAAACAGAAAGUAAGUCAGGUUCUUCUUUUGUUUUGUUUUUCACCAAAAUUGUUUUAAUUUUUCUUAAAAUUUUUUUUGUCAAGACAAGUAGGUUUAAAAUCACAACAAAAUUACUUGUAAUUGCAAAAUAUCCCAUUCUACAUAUAGCAGGUAUAUUGCAGUAUAUUAAAUAUACUGUGGUAGGGCCUGCAAAUGCAGAAUGAUAGAGGAUGAUGUGGCAAAUUUAAGUAAAAAGAAAGGCUAAUUUAAAUAGUAGUUUUACUCAUAAGUUGAUGUACAUGUAAAAUUGUUUUUAAUUUUCUAAUAAAGAAUCAAGAGUGCACCAGUAGAAGAUGAAUAUAACUUUACUGAUAGCAACUACCAAGAACAGCUUCCAGCUCAUGCAAGAUCUACAGCUUCAAUGGUAAAUAGCAGAAUUUUACUAUCAUUAUAGGUCAAACUAUUUUAUAUUAUUAUACACUAAACUUAUAAUGAAAAAUCUCAUUGGUCAAGAGCAUUUAAUCAAUAUACAGCAUGUGAAGUUGACAUGAUAAUUUUGCCAAAUAUGUGGUGGAUGUUGUAUUUAUCAUGUCAACUUCAAAGUCUCUCUUGUUUCCAAACCCCUUGUCUGUCUUGUGUUCUCACAAUUUUGCAAACUUAGAGAGAGGUAUCUUCUUGUGCAGAUUGUUUAAAAAAUGUAUAAUAAAACAAUUAUUGAAUUUGAUUUUUGCAUGAUAUCAUGAAUUAUCAAACCUCCACUCUGUCAGAUAAGUCAUACCUCAGUUUUAAUAAUUCAUGAUAUAAUUCUCAACCUUGUCUAAAAAUACGUAGACAUGCAUGGCAUGUAAGAGUUAUUUUUUGGCCAGGCGGGUUGAGAUACAUUGUAAAAUUGCUCAGUAACUGAGCAAUUACCAUAAGUUAGUUAGAUACUAUUAGAUAGUUUAAUAGGAAUAACUGAGUCACAGCCAAAGGCUGAAUUGUAUAAUUCUUUACAAUAUAAAUAUAGUACAGUUGAAACUAGGGCUAUUUACAAAGGGUCUCUAUAAUAUUUAUGAAAGUGCUCUGUACAAAUUACUGGCUACAAGUACUACAGUUUACAAAACAUUGCUAUUUACUCGUUGGAACAUGGCCAGGAUGAAUGAGUUUUUGAAACGGUUAUUGUGAAAUUGUGGCAGAUUGAAAGUUCUUUUGUUUCUCAAGCUAUAUCAGCCUUGAUGAUGGAGAGAAGUAGGUGGGCGAGACUACUGAGAAAAAAGUUUAUGAAUAUAUAUCAAUUUUUAAUUAUGAUUUUUAAGUUAAGCUUAAGCAGAAGUAUCAUAAAUGUAUUGUAAUUUUGUGAUUUUUAUUUUAUAGGCCAUCAAAAAUAAUAUUGCAAAUACAGAGUUGUCAACUGAUCCAGAUCGUAUUCUCUGUCAACAAAAGGUGAGAAUGUUAUAUCUUCAUGAGACACUUCUCAAUGAAACACAUGAUAUUUGUACCACUUACACUCUCUGUCUUUACAUAGCGUCAUAGAUCUACAUACUUGUGGGUCAAAAGAAUUCUUGAAAGUUAUGCAAACUGUUUACCACAUUUCAGGUUUGCAGAACUGUCUCAAAUUCUCUGCAUAACCUUGUGUUUAAAUCAGGUUACAUAGACAUGUAAAACUGAUCUUUCUCAGUUUUAUGGUUUUCUGGUGUUGGACAAUUAUAAAAAAGAUCUGAUGUGAUUUUCAGCCAGUGCAUAUUUCACUCAUCACUUAAGCUUUUAGAUUUUACUUAUGUUUGUCGAGCUAUUAAAAGAAAGUUAUUACUAGUAUGUGAAAUUUGCAGCAAAAGUGUUUGAAUAUAAAUAGAUGUCAUACACAGUUGCAUUAUUGAGGGCCAUGUUUAUUUAAUAUUUAUUUGUUUAUCAUUAUCAUUUUUUGAAGGCCCAAGCUAUAAUUAAUGAUCACUUGGAGCAUAGAAGACAGGAAAGAGUUGAAGAUCCCCGUGAGUACAAAUCCAGAAGAAAAAUCAAUGAAAGAAUUAAUAAUAAUCAUGAUCCUGCUAUACUUUGAUGUGUUUUGAAAGCUGGACAAAGCUAAAUGAAUUGAUAUACUUUUAGCUUUGAUUCUGUAACUAGAUAUAAAAUGUGAGUUAUUGAUGGUUCAUGCCAUUCUUCAUUUAGAAAAAUUUUGCCUGAGGCCUCUUCAUUGUUUUCAGAUUUCUCAAGAAAAUGCUUUUCUGUAAAAAAUUUAAAUUAAUAAAUUAAUGAAAACAAUGUAAAAUACAAACACUGGUUAUAAAUGCUAAUCCCCAUCCUAUGAAAUUGGAAUCUUUGCCUUUCAACACAUAUCAGUGCUUACCAGAGCUGCAAUAAAAUAAUUUUUUGUGAAUAUUUGAAUCAGCAAAUUCAUUCGUAAGUCAUGCCAUUUUACUAAUUGCUUGUUUGUCUAAAUUACAGGUCGUUUUGGUAUUCGCCCAACACUUGGUCAGCGGUGUCCCAGGAAAGUUCCCCCAUCAAACUACAAUGAAUCGCUACAAAGACCCCAAAGGCAUACAAAAGGACACAAAAUAGGUGAGAGGAUUGAUCCAUCUUGUUUGAAACAGUAUAGAAAGCUACAGGUCUUACAGUUUCAGGGUUGUGGUUGCUAGUCAAGCCAGGAGGCAGUGAAAACCGAGAGAUGUCAGACCAGUUUGCACCAGCCCACUAAGUGACUUGUGCUCUUGAGGACAGAAAAAAAGUAUUUUUGAAAUUAUUCUAAAACCACUGUCAGGUUAAAAAAAGUUACUCAAAAUCAUUUCCCAGAGUGCUUAAAAUCAUGUCACAAUUUCAAAUUUCAAAUUUCUCCAGGGAAGAAUGCCCUUGGGGCAUACCCCCCCUUCCUUCCUCUUCUUCCCCUCCCCCCCCCCCUUUUGUAAGGGCAUGGUGGUUGACAAUUGAAAAACUAACACCACUGUUAAUCACACAAAAAUGUGCUCUGCUAGAGUAAUUAACUAUCCAGUCAGUGAUCAAAAAGUUUAUAUUUGAUUAGUGGAAUUGUUUUCACCACAAUAGUGUUUAAUUUACCCUAAAUCCUGUGGUCAUUUCCCUUUCAGAGGGCAAUCCUGAUGAAAAUCAACCAGCAAAAUACACAGAAAUACAAGUAAACCAAGUGACAGGCACAAGUGAAGGAUUUCUCCCUCCAAUACAAACUACUGGAAUGUACUCAAUGGUGCACUGAGGAUGGCAAUCAUGAAAACAGAAAAAAUUUAUCAGAAAUCCUGGCCUAUAAAUAUUAUUUGAUGAGACAGUCCCAUCAUUAACAAGCUUUUAAUAGCCUAUUCAUUCAAUUUUCAGUAACACACAUGUUAAAAGUUGUUUCUCUUUAGGUUCUUCAACCCUUUCUCCGCUAAGAUCUAAAUAUCUCCGACAUACACUUCAUAAUUCAGCUCUGACGAUUAGUGUAAUACUUUCCUUUCUUCUUGUUACCUUUCUGCUUGACAAUGUAGUGCUACUUAAAGAAAAAAGUAGUCAUUCACAACAUUGUUUUGGAGAAAAAGAUUGGUUCUUGAUGUCACAGAUGAAGUCCUUUGAUAACUCCAGCGUUGCUUAGUAAAUUUUGAUACCUGAUUUACCUUUCAAUCAAAUGCAUUCCAAUGCUCAAUUUGUUCAACAAAACAUUAGAUAAAGAUUAAGAGUGGCAUUCGUUUUUCUAAUUUUCAAUUUCAUUGUGUCAAGGCAAAUUUUUAUGUAGAUAUUUGAUAUGUUGUGUUGUAAAUAAAUAAACCUUGCUAUGUUUAAGUGUUCAAACUUGACUUAUGCUUAGUGUGGGGCAAGCAGUCCUCAUGUUUACGUG